AUGCACCAUUUGAUGGGAUUCAUUGUCGCCAUACGUUAUAGCAGCCAUUCUCAACGGGGGCCAUAUGACCCCCUUGGGGGCCCUGGCACAUUUGAAGGGGACCAUCGACUGAAAACUGUGAGAAGGGGAGCCCCAAGUGUUUAUGGGGGCCCUGGUAACGGCAAGACUGUGCUCUUGGUGCCGGGGAUUGUCCGCUACGGGUCGAGCGCCCAGGCCGCGUUCCGGUGUCAGGCUGCAAUGGCGAAGCGUCAGGUUGGAUCCGCAUCCUCGGCGGUAAACCAGACCAAUAUGAAAAGAAUACACAGCGCUCAGGCUUCAAGAUCAACCCGUCCAGGAACAAAACCCGCUUCUGUAAAAGAAGUUAUGGUAACCAAUAAGAAGACUCCAAAAGGCCAGUUUUCAAUAAACCAAACGAGUGGAUGUGGGAACAAUACAUUAGAUCUACAUGGAAAAGGAAUUAAGAAGAUAGAAAAGUUUGAAAUCUUGAAGGGAACAAAGAUUUUGGACCUUUCCUGCAAUUCCAUAGAAGAAAUUGAGAAUUUGGAUAAUAAAUGUGAAAUAAUAGAACUUAAACUAUAUGGUAAUAACAUCAGACAAAUCAACAAUUUAGACAGGCUGCAAGAGCUCCGUGUUCUUCAAUUGCAGUACAAUCACAUUACCAGUCUAAGAAAAGGUUUGCUCAAACUCCGGAAACUGCAGGCGUUGCGACUGGAUAGUAACCAGCUGAUAUGUGUGGAAUCACGGGAGUUUGCAGGACUAAGCCAAUUGACCUCUCUGGAUAUCAGCCACAACCAGCUCUCUGACAUCACUGCUGUGAAUGGGUUGCCCUGUCUUGAGGAGCUGUUUGCAUCUCAUAACAAGCUGUGUGGGAUCAUUGAUCUCAGUAGAUGUAAUAAGUUACAGGAACUUGAUUUAUCCAAUAACAAAAUAUCAGAAGUCCAAGGAUUAUCUUUUCUGGAUACUUUAACUUCUCUUGAUCUCUCCAGCAACGUUCUAAGCAGCACCGAAAGUCUUGGAAUUUUGAGCUCCUUGCAGGUGUUGAAUCUUGCCAAUAACCAGCUGAAGUCAGUAUGCAGCUUUUCCAAACAGUUCCUUAAUCUUGAAAUCCUUAACAUAGCCAAUAAUUGCAUUGACGUGAAGAAGGAACUUAAAUUUCUGACACAGUGCUGCCACCUGGAGGAUCUACAUAUCGCUGGCAACAAUACCGGGACUUCAAAAGAAGAAAAUGAGCAUCUCAUUCAGAUCUCUCUCCUCAUGCCUCAUCUUAAGAGUUUGGAUAAGGUUAUCCUUAAUGAUUCUUAUAACGAAAAGCUGAAAACUCCAGUUAUUCCAAAAACUGCAUUAGCCAGUGCUUCCCUUGAAAGUAUGCAGGAAAUCACAAGCUCUUUGAUGGAUCUUGAGUCUGAAAUGGAGAACCUACAAAAAUCAUUUGUUGGAAGGUUUAGUGAGGUGAAGAAUUUGAUAGAUUCUCUUCCAAAGCAGUUGCCAUGGAGAUCUUCAUGUACAACAUCAGCAAGUUUGACCCCAGUGGCUGAUUAUGGAUGCCAUUCACAGACACACUGCAAUAGUCGUUCCAGAAUUGAAGAUGCCAGAUUAUAUGCUGCCCAGCACUUUGUGAAGAAAUAAUACAAUUGUUGGAUGCGUUAGAAUAAAAACAGUAUCAAAACAAAUCCAGAGAAGAAAAAUGCCACUGGUCCAGACCAC